AUGUAUUUAGUGUAUUUAUUAUUCACAUUAAUUGUUCAUACCAAAGCAAAUAUCACUCAAUUGUGCUAUGCAUUAGGAACAAAUUGGUAUGAUGGGUUUACUGAUGUUGAUUACUCAAACACAAACAACACUUUGUGUUAUUUAAACACGACAAAUAACACUUAUUAUUAUCAACAAGACAUGUAUUUUCCUUUUACUCAACAAGCCUAUUUUGAUACUUUUGUAUGCAACGAUUCGUUGACACUAACUGCCAUACAAAAGACAGAAAUGUCUUAUUUAAAUGUUGAGAAUUUUAACAUUUUAAGUGGUGCAACUGUAAUAUUUGAUACUUUUAUUCAUACAAACAACACUUUGUCGAUUGAUAAUGGAACUUUAAUUAUCAAUUCAAAUUUUUCGAUUGCAAAUAUUUUGGCAAUAAAAGGAGCUGAUAUUGAUAAGCCGAAGGUAUUGGUAUGGAAAUCUUUAUAUAUCCACUUAAACUACAAUUUUGAUUAUAACAAAAAUUUUAUUAUUACAAAUCCUGAUUUAAAAACAACGUGUUUUGAUGUUAUUUCAAUGAACUCUCCCGAUGUUUUAACAUCAUUUGUUAAUUAUGGAAAUUACAACUCUUCGCUUUUUCCAAUUAAAUAUACAUCAGGAAUCGCCAUACUAAUAUCACACAAUAGGCUCAUCAGAUACUGCCCAACUGGAAACGUAAUCCCUGUUGUGAUGUGUACAAUGAUAUCUUCACGAUAUCAAAAGUAUUUCAAUGUCACAAAUAACAUAAAAGACUAUCCAUUUGAGUAUCCCCAUUGUCCAUGUGAUGACCAAUAUACAAGGUGUUAUUUAAAUAUUUCACAAACGUUAUUUGAAAUUGAUUUACAAUACAAUUCCGUUAAUUAUGCAACAAUGUUAAUUGAAAAAGAUAUAACUAUCUAUAAUGGAAAUACAAUUAAGAAUAUAUAUUUAUUUCAAGAUGUGAAAUUAACUGGUGAUUUUAUAUUGUCAAUGAUGACUAUUAGACU